AUGGCGCUCGAUAACUACUAUCAAAACAAGAUCGAGGCGAUGAAGCUCGAGAUCCUCAAGGGUCAAGCUGUUCUCAGACGUCUCGAAGCUCAGAGGAAUGACUACAACUCCCGCGUGAGACUGCUCCGUGAGGAGUUGGGCCUUCUGCAACAGCCUGGCUCUUACGUAGGUGAGGUCGUCAAGGUUAUGGGCACAAAAAAGGUCCUCGUCAAGGUGCACCCCGAAGGAAAAUAUGUUGUUGAUGUCGCCGACUCCGUCGAUGUCUCCAAGCUUACCGUUGGCAAGCGAGUAACGUUAUUGUCGGACAGCUACAAGCUCGAAAAGAUUCUCCCAUCCUCAGUCGACCCCCUCGUCUCCCUCAUGAUGGUGGAAAAGGUACCCGACAGUACAUACGACAUGAUCGGUGGUCUGGACAAGCAGAUCAAGGAAAUCAAGGAGGUCAUCGAGCUAGGUCUCAAGCAUCCCGAGCUGUUCGAGUCGCUCGGUAUCGCCCAACCCAAGGGUGUUCUUCUUUACGGACCCCCAGGUACCGGAAAGACGCUACUUGCCCGAGCCGUCGCCCACCACACAGACUGCAAAUUCAUCCGUGUAUCCGGAUCUGAGCUGGUACAAAAGUAUAUCGGUGAGGGUAGCCGUAUGGUCCGCGAACUCUUCGUCAUGGCGAGAGAACAUGCGCCCUCCAUCAUCUUUAUGGACGAAAUCGACAGUAUUGGCUCCUCGCGUGUCGAGGGUUCCUCCGGUGGCGACUCUGAAGUCCAGCGAACCAUGUUGGAGCUUCUGAACCAGCUCGACGGCUUCGAGCCCACCAAGAACAUCAAGGUUAUCAUGGCAACGAAUCGUCUCGAUAUCCUCGACCCCGCCCUACUGCGCCCCGGCCGUAUCGACCGAAAGAUCGAGUUCCCCCCGCCGAGCGUCGAGGCCCGCGCCGACAUCUUGAGGAUUCACAGCCGGAAGAUGAACCUUACCCGUGGCAUCAACCUCACCAAGAUCGCCGAGAAGAUGAACGGUUGCUCGGGUGCCGAGCUCAAGGGUGUUUGUACUGAAGCGGGUAUGUACGCCCUGAGGGAAAGGAGGGUACACGUCACCCAGGAGGACUUUGAGCUGGCGACGGCCAAGAUUCUCAACAAGCAUGAUGACAAGGAGAUUUCCCUUGCCAAGUUCUUCAAGUAA